UGUCCAAAAAGUGUGGUGCUCAGAUAGAUGAGGAGGGCAUUCAAGUUGCAGUUUGCAGAUAUACAUGGGUUUCUCUUACGAGGACUGAACCAUUACCGUGGAGAAAUAUUUGCUUACCCAAUGUUUCUUCAAAGAGAGAUGUCAAAGAAGGCAAAUGUUACAUUCUUCUGUAUGGAUGUUACAUGCAGGUACUGGCCCUACCUUAACAAAGUAGCAGAGGGUUUACCUGAACUUCUGCCAUUGACAGAAAUGAGGCCAUUCCUGAGCGUCAUGCAUGCCAAAGCCCAUACAGCAAAAUGCGAGGUGAGAUGGGGUGGCAGAAGCCUGGAUGGAGCAGGAAACACAGUGGGAGAAGAAGUGGAGCAGGGAGGGAAGAGUGAACAUGCUAACGCGACAGGCCAUGGGUUGGAACAGAAGAAAGAGGGACAACCUUCAUCAAGUAUCACAGAGAGGGCAAAGGUGGAAGCUGCCAACCUUAGCAACAUCAAGGAGGAGCACAACCUUGAUCAGGAGACAAUACAGCAGUGGGUAUGGGAUGUCACACAAUGGGCUGUCACAGAGAGAGUCUACACUCCAGGUUGUAUUGAAGAGCUAAGGGCUGACAUUGAGAACAUCACUGUAACCCUUUUGCGCAAGAAGCAAGAUCUGUAUCGUCAGCAUGAUAGCAACCAGGCAAGACAAAAAAAGAGAAAGAAAAUGACUGAGUUGAAGAAGAAGCUUCGCGAAAAGGUCUUGCAAUACAACACAAUAGUGGAAGGAGAUCUGAUUGACGAGGAGUUGGCUUGCAGUCUGACAGAGGGAUACAUCCUACCAUGGGAGAGACAUGAAGAUGGCAGCACUUUUAGGUUGAAGAGAUCUAUCUUCGACCAGGUAAUGCUGCUAAAAUGCUUGGAGGAGGAGCAGAGCAUCCUGGAAAGGAGAUGUCUCAGCACAUCAAGUUUCGGUGACCUAACAGAAGAUGCAACACAUGGGCUCAACAGUGUCCUCAAUCAGAGAGGUCACUCACUUAGAAGUCAACACAAACAGGCUGUUAAUGCAUACAGCAGUAUAGCCACUAUGGAAUGUGAUUUUCUUUCCAUACAGGAGGACAUUGAGGAGUGGGAUGACAAUGGCUUCACCAGCCCCGAGUCUGAGGAAGAAGACACCUAA